GCAUUACUCAUCGUUCAAACAAAAUCCCAAAACAAGAAAUUGAGAGGCAUUCGGAGGGCCUGAGAAAAAUGACUAAGGUUCAGAUUUCUUUGGUUCUUUUGGCUGCAGCUUGUUGCCUGAUGGUGGCUCCAACCAGCGCCAUGUACCAUAUCGUGGGAGGAAGCCUCGGGUGGUCCGUUCCCCCAAACAAGACCUUCUUUGAGGAAUGGGCUAAACCAAGGGUCUUUGGCGUCGAGGACCACUUACUUUUCCCAUUCACGGGACUGCACAACGUGAUGGAGGUCUCACGAGAAGAUUACUACAGUUGCACGCUGGAAAAUGCCGUUAAAUUGUAUCCAUUUGGACCCGUCAUUUUGAACUUCACACAGCCCGGCGAGCAUUACUAUUACUCCACCGUCGGGACGCAAUGCGAGUAUGGCCAGAAGCUCCACAUCGCCGUGGUCGCCGGAGAGGGCUCCAGCGGGAGGAUCUAUUCGACGACAGAGGCUCUCGGGGAAAUCUCGGCUUCCCCUUCCCACGCCCCGGCUCCCGCGCCGAAUUCCGCGCACUCUGCGGGUCCGAUCGGGGGCCUGGAAAUGGUGAUUGGCUGUUUGGUUUCUUUUGUGGCAUGGCAGUUUGUCUAAGAGAGCACAUGCAACAUUUGUUGUGAGACCCCCCCCACCCAGUGAAGUAGUAAAAAUGUUGUUCCAUUGGGUUGUAAUUAAGCUGCAAUGGCUGAUUCUUUUGCAAAUUUGUUGUAUGAUUCUGGCAGGAUUUGUGUACCAGUUUCAAUUAUUUAUGCAAGGAUCGGUUCAUUGUUUUCGGC